AGUAUAUAAUAACAAUUUAGCGAGACAAGAAUGUUAGUCAAAAGCUGAAAUUGUUGAGUCAGAUUAACAAGGUCGAACGUUUGAAGUUUCAAUUGUUUUAUCCUCAAAAUGGAACCAGAAAAAAUAAAAAAUUUAGACGAGUUGAUUAAAAAAUACCAUGGUGAAGAUGUGCAAAUUGUGGAUAAAAAGAUGACGUACUUAACAGCCCCCGGUGAAAAUUACCUCAGCGAUAUAUUUAAACUCGAUGUUACUAUUAAAAAUAAAAAUGGUAAUGAAAGUAUCGAGCACUACGUUGCCAAAUCAAUAUUGAUAAAACCCGAGAUGUCAACAGAAAUCAGUGUUGAAAUUUUUAAAAACGAAAUAUUAUUUUACACGACGGUUAUUCCUACGAUACGACAAUUUGCUAAAGAACAUGGACUCCAAGACAAGGACGUUUUCCCAGAAUUGAUUGCGGCUAGAUUGAAUUUAGAUCAUACAGAUAAACCUGAUGAGAAUGCUGUUCUGAUUCUGGAAAAUUUGGUGGAAAAAGGAUACACCAAUACUGAUAGACACAAAAGCUUUGAUCUAGAUGGCGUUAAAUUGAUAUUGUCAGAUCUCGCUGUUUUCCACGCUAUACCUUUGGCUAUGAAAAUUCAGAAUCCGAAAUUGUUUGAGGAGAAUAUCAUUAAAAAUUGCGGUUUGCCACCUCCUCCUGGGAAACGUGAUGAUGAAAUGAAUCCAUCAUCACAAUCUCAACCUCCAAAAAAUGAUAAAAUGAAACCCCCAAAUCUAUUGCCUCUUUUUAUAGAGGUAGCCAAAGAAGAUAUUUUUUGUAGAAAUUAUAUUGAUAAAUUGGAGAAAUUCAUAGCAGAUAUGGAAAAGAAAAUGCACGAAAAAUUCCGUAGUAAACCCGAUUAUAGCUCGCCUUUUGCAACUUUAUGUCAUAAUGACAUGUGGGUAAAUAAUACAAUGCAACUUUCCGAACAAGGAAAGUUCGUGAAAAAUAAGUUUGUAGAUUUCCAAAUGUGUAACGUGAAUGAACUAUUUUCGGAUUUAAUAUUUUUCCUUUUCAGUAGUGUGGAUUUAGUCACCCUUGAAAACCAUUUUGAUUAUUUGAUAAUGUUUUAUCACGAAUGGUUCAUUAAAAUUUUGGAAAAGUGCAAAUGCGACGUCGGUCCUUACGCUUAUAACAAAUUUAUGCUAAAACUUAACGAAGCCAUCCCGUCGUCUUUCUUACAAAUAAUGAUAAUGAAUUUUACGGUUAUUUAUGCAAAGAAGGGAGAAGUUGGAGGCCCUUUCGGAAAGAAAGAAUUCACAUCUAGUGAAUCACAUCCAAUAGCUAAGAAGAAAUUUUUAUUUUUGUUUAGAAAAAUGAUUGAAAACGAAUGGAUUUAA